AACAAACAAAUGGCAGAGAAGAAUUUCACUUUUGUUACCGAGUUUAUUCUUUUGGGAUUGACAGACCAUGCUGAUCUGAAAGUUGUGCUUUUUGUGUUGUUCCUGGUUAUUUAUGUGAUGACCUUGGUGGGAAAUCUGGGCAUGAUCUUCUUAAUCCAAAUCACCCCAAAGCUCCACACACCCAUGUACUUUUUCCUCAGCUGUCUUUCAUUUGUAGAUGCCUGCUAUUCAUCAGUUAUUGCACCAAAAAUGCUGGUAAGUUUCUUGGUUGUGAGGGAAACUAUCUCCUUCUCUGCCUGCAUAGUACAGCAUUUGUUUUUUGGGGUGUUCAUUACCACUGAAGGCUUCUUGCUGUCGGUGAUGGCAUAUGAUCGUUAUGUGGCCAUUGUGAAUCCUUUGCUUUACACUGUAGCCAUAUCUAAGAAAAAGUGUGUAGGGCUGGUCAUUGGGUCAUGUGUAGGUGGAAUGAUUAACUCUUUAACACAUACAAUAAGCUUAGGGAGACUGACCUUCUGUGGACCCAAUGUUGUCGGACACUUCUUCUGUGAUGUCCCUGCACUGUUAAAGCUGUCAUGUUCUGAUACCUCCAUAAAUGAGUUGUUACUGCUAACUUUUUCUGGAGUCAUUGUCAUAGCCACCUUCUUGACUGUGAUCAUUUCCUAUAUAUUCAUUGCUGUUGCUAUUCUGAGAAUACGCUCAGCAACAGGCAGACAGAAAGCCUUCUCCACCUGUGCCUCUCACCUGUCUGCUGUGACCAUAUUCUAUAUUUCCUUAAGCUUUAGUUACAUUCAGCCAAGCUCCCAGUAUUCUGUAGAACAGGAGAAGGUGGUGUCUGUGUUCUAUACACUAGUAAUUCCCAUGUUAAACCCGCUGAUUUACAGUCUGAGAAACCAGGAGGUAAAGGAUGCAGUGAAAAGAGCCAUAGAAAUGAAAUAUAUCCCAUGUUAA